AUGCUGCGCCUAUACGCGUGGCAGGAUGAAGCAAAAGUCGCUUCAGAAACCUUGCAGCCCUUCGCACCAGAUAGUAGCCGUUUCUACCGGCUACUGUCGAAACCUGUUCCCACAAUGUCUAUCGACUCCCACAAGUGGGAGGAACUGCAAGUGCUUGAUUGCGUCGGAGGUGGGUUUCGCGAGGCCCACGAUCCCCCAGGACGCUUGUGGGAAAAUAUGUCUCCAGGUCACACCCACAAGGUUUGUACAAGCUCUAUUACGGUAGCGGUGCACAAAAGAUUUUAG